AUGGUGUCCGACUUCAAAAAGAAGAAGUUCCUCCACGUGUUCAAAUCCUUCUUUGACACCGACGGCAGCGGCAACAUCGAGAAGGAUGACUUCCUGAUGGCCAUUGAAAGGAUAACCAAGACCAGAGGCUGGAAAGCAGGAGACGAGAAAUACAAAUUUGUUGAGGAGACUCUAUUGAAGAUCUGGGAUGGCAUCCAGAAGGUCGCUGACGAGAACAAGGACGGACAGGUUAGCCAGGACGAGUGGAUCGCAAUGUGGGAAAAGUAUUCCAAGAACCCAUCUGAGGCGUUUGAGUGGCAGACCCUGUACUGCAAGUUCGCGUUUACUAUUGAAGACGCCAGCAACGACGGGUCCAUCGACAGCGAGGAGUUCUCCUCUGUGUACGCUUCCUUCGGCCUGGACAAGGACGAGGCUGUGGCUGCCUUCAAGAAGAUGGCUAACGGUAAGUCCGAGGUCUCCUGGGCUGAGUUCCAGGACCUGUGGAAGGAGUACUUCUCAUCGGAAGAUGUGAACGCAGCUGGCAACUACAUCUUCGGCAAAACUAGCUUCUAA